UACGUUACAUUAUACUUUGUCUUUUUGGAACUCAAAUUUUUGUGCUUUUAUCGGGCUCCUUUAACACAUAGAUAUUAGUCUGAAUAUGAAAAUGCUGUUUUCUAAUAACUGCGAUCAUUCAGUAGUGCUUACCGAUGACGAAUUUUGUAUCUCAGGACCAUACGAGAAUAAUAUAAGUAAACACAUACUACUUGGGGAGAAAUUACGUAAAAUAAAAUCUAAAACAUUACCAGAGAUCAAGGAAUACCAUGUCAUCGAUAUAAUGCCUCACAAGAAGAAGCAUCAAGCAGAAAAUUACGCCAAAAGUUCCAGUAAAAAGAAAACUCCAAUCAGAAAACCAAGGAAAUUGCGCCGGAGUCACAAGGAAACUUGUCCGUUACGAGCUAUCGAAUUAGCUUACCCAUCAAAGCGACAUUGUUUGGAAACAUGGAAGACUAGAAACAAAACUCUUCCUAUUCAUAUGAUCGAUAGAUUAAGGAAAAUCAUUAACGAUGAAAAUCCAAAGACACCAGUGGGAGAUGCAGUGAACUUUUAUAAAAGACCUAAAACUAAGCGCAGAAAAAAUAAAGUUAAAAUUGUUAAUGAAAACAACAAAAGGAGAGAACAGCUGAAAUUAUUAUGUGGCGUCUUUGGAUAUAAAAUUAUAGAAAUCCUUGAAAAACCAAUGCAGAUUGAAUUGAGUCCCGACUCAGUCAAAAUAGCCCAUAUCGUCGAUAAGGAUGUAUCAAGCAUACUGCACAAUUCAGAAAUCCAAAGCGUUUCAGAAUAUGACAACGAAAUCCAGAAUGAUGUUGUAAGAAAAAUUACAGUGUGGAUCGACGGAAUACUAGAGGAAUCCUCACAUAAACUUUUCCUAGAAGAUUUAAAAGAUAUUGAAGAAGAGGAAGGACCAGUUUUGGAUCUACUGGACGAAGUGUUUUGUAAAGCUUCGGUUACAUUUGGCAGCAAUUAUAUAGAUAACUAUAGUGGUAAAUAUGCAGAAAAAUAUGACAACGAAUCUGUUUACCACAACGAUAUUCUUCAACAACUUAUCGAUGAAGAAUUUAAAGAUUCAUUGAACGACACAAGCUCUGAGUUCCCAGAGCAUUACGUUGACGGUAAUGAUGCUUCAAAAGGAGAUGGGAGAUCUGAAGAACGAGAGUGGAUUAAGGACACAAUUUUCAAUGCAAUGGAUGUCAUGAUGAAUGCGAACGCUGUUAACGAUAACGUCAAUGAACAACCAGAAAGCACAGACCUCGAGGACAUUGAUUUAGAAGAUUUAAAAGACUACAUCAAUGUUAUUUUAAUUCAGAUAAUAGAAGAGGCAUAUGCGCAGUAUGCAGAUAAAAUUAAUGAUUUACAACAUAAACAUGAGGACAAAUUAAAUGAUGAUAGUCCAAAUAACAGUGAUGAUAGUGAUGUAGAAUUCGCAGAAAAGUUUAAACGUACUAAAGAUUCAUUGGUAAUUCGGAGUACACUUGACUUAGUAUCUAAAUCUCAAAUAAAUUUAGAUAAUACAGUUAAUCGCAGUGAGAAAGAUAUGUCUAUGGAAACGCUAGAUGAUGGAAAUAAAAAAGUAAAAUUUAACAAUAAUGAUAUCGAUAAUAGCACGGAACUAACUAAAACAAUGGCAAACCAUUUAAAUUCUGAAAAUUAUUUACCAAUUUUAAAAACCAGAAGUGUUAUCAUUCAUAACGAAAACACUCCAAAAACAAUUUAUGUAUCAAAUCCAACUCCUUUUCUCCUAAGUGAAGCCGAUGAAUCUUGGCCAGAAAGUACUUCAUUUCAUAACACAAAAUCGCUACUAAAAGUUAGUAAGUCAGUUUUGUCUUUGGGAGAAUUACUAGAAAGAGAAGAAGAAAUACUUCCUCAAUCAGUAAGAGAUAGCGUUGAAAUACUAAACCAUCUAUUGAGUGGCUAUCACGAAGUCGCAACAGAGAACAGUGUAAGCAUCCCAAGCAUUUUAAACAAUAAAGAUGAUAGAAACACUAAACAAAUUCUGGAAAAUGUAGAUGUAACAAAAGAUAAGUCAAAUAGGAAUGCAAAUAAUAUGAUAUUAGAAGAAGCAUCUAAAAUAAGAGCAAGAGAAUCAAAGGCCGAUAAUGUAUUAUCAGCAAACAACAGUGCCACAAAUGAAGAAGGAAGACUUAAAUCAUCUCUCUUAUUUCCAGACAAAACCAUAACUCUUGUACAGACGUCUAAUGAAAAAAGAAAAUUAUUUACCAUAGAAAAAUUACCUUAUAUUAAUAUAGUUAGAGAUGUUUGUAACGAGGAUACCAAAGUGAUAGCAAAAAGCAAAGAAACACAGCAUUCACCUGAUCUGUUAAUUAAAUGUACUCAAACAGAAAUAGAAACUUCUGGAAAUGUAGAGAAGACAAUUUUUGAAACAGGAAUUGUUUGUCUAGGUUCUAAUACAACGGAGAAAAUGAGAAAUCAAGAAUGGACCAAGAGUUUAGAUAACAUAGUGGUUAAUUUAGAAACUUGGUUAUAUUGGAUUCGGAAUAUCACUGCUGAUGUAGAAAGAUUACUCGGAAAUGAAUGUGGUGGUGUCAAAUAUUAUAAAUUACGUAAUAAACCUAAUUUUGAUUUGAAAUCUUGGUUACAACAAAGCAAAGAUUUACAUAAAAGACUUGUAAUACUUAAAUGCAAAUAUAAUAAUUUAAAGGUUAUGCCGUACAAAUGUUACUGUAAUAAAAAUAUACAGAGUUGAAAAAAUUCGAAACAUUUUUUGUAGUACCUUAGAUCUUAGAGUGCCUUUUAUUAAAUUGCUUUACAAACUU